CGUGACUUGUCAGUCACGUUUUGAUGUUUUGCCAAACGAGCAGAGGGUGGUGGCCUCUUGUCUGUGAAUUUUGACGUUAUAAUCUAGACCGAAUUUUCAUGUUAUAAAUGUACAAACUAAGCACAUAUCUUUGUAACUCAUCUAGAUACUUUCAUUGCCCAGACUUUUCAAUAUUCAAAUGAUGAAAUAUAAUUGCACUCCUACAUAAAAAAAAGGAUAAACGAACUAAAAUAUCCUCUAAAUAGAGAGACAGCCGAAUAUUUUUUAAGCAACGAUUAUUGAUAGCGGCUGCGUGCAUAUAUGGAUCUAUGCACAGCUACUUAAUAUAUAACCGAGUUUAUAGAGUGCUACUGUCCAAAUUGCGUGUGUAUUUUUGUAUGUGUAUACGAAUUUAUAAGUAUGCAUGUAUGAGGUUGUGCGUCAAUUUAUAUAGUUCAGUGUCCGUGUAUGCACUUGUCCAGGUGUUACAGGUUACAUGAAUUAAACAUGCUACAUCUCAACAGCUUGCUUGCAACAUAUAAGCCACUGCAAUAAAAGCUGUACAGAUAAAAUAAUAAGAAUGUCAAAGGACAAAUAAAUAGAGAUAAAUCGCCGAGCAUAAUGUUAAAUUUUCAUCCUGUCAACAUAGACUAUGUAACCAUGGAAGUCACACUGACUAGUGCCGACGGUAAGUCUGUUUGCUGCAAUGCAGACACCCUUGCUCGUCACUCUGAAUACAUCGCAGCAAUGCUGCGCAGCCAUAUGUCCGAGAGCAAGAGUUUGCAGGUAAAAUUUGAAUACUUGUCACUGGAACAACUCAGUUGGAUACGUGAUUAUGUAGGGCACAAGGCAAAAGAUGCAGGCCCAGUACUUACUUAUGAAAAUUCAUCUAGUGUUCUUAGUACUUUGGAUUAUUUAUGCAUGCGUGAUGCUAUGCAGAUGUGCGAAUUGGAUUUGGCUAAAAAACUUACCAUUGAAAACUGUGAUAAGCUUGCUAAAGCUUACGAACUUGUCCAAAAGUUCAAUCUUGUAAUUCUGAAAAAAGCAAUACUCCAGGUUCUCUGCCAACUAUAUGUGAUGAAACCUCUGUCAUGGAAAGCAAAAAUGCUGAAAAAGCUUCCUGCAGAUUAUCUUAAUGAAAUCUUCAUGCAUGAUAACUUUCCACAAGCUUCAGAAGAGAAAGACAUUAUGGAGCUAAUCUUUAAAUGGUUAGUUUUCAAUGAACCUAACAUAUCAGACGUAAACAAAGCAGUUGAUUUGAUCUUUGCUCCAGCAUUAGAAUUGAUGCAUGUUGAGCGACUUGAUUGCUGCAUUCAAAAACUACCUUAUGCAAAAAAUGCUUCAGAAACAUUAAAGAACCGUAUUAGGCAGUUUCAAAAAUCUCCUCAUCGGUAUCUGCGUGAUAAAAAGGACACUUCACCACACAAAUUCCGUAAGCCUAUUGAUUCUGUGUUCCGCUAUGGUGGAAUAGGAGGAUGUUGUGUGUCAACAGCUGUUAGCUAUGUGGCAUUAGACUGCAUUGAUAAGGUCAUUGCCAAUUCUGAACAUUUAAGUAUUCUUCAAUGUCAUGAAUCCAUUGAACCUACCCCAGUACCUCUCAUUGAGUGUGGAACUUGUACCUUGGACAAUAUAGUCUAUGUUGCUGGUGGACAGUCCAGAUAUACAAUAACUGGUAAAUUUGCCAAAAAAACUGUGUAUCGAUACAUUCCAUACAGAAGAAAAUGGCAGCAGGUAGCAGCAAUGAAUGAAUACCGAUGUCUUUUCUAUUUGGGAGUAUUAAACAAUCAGCUGUAUGCUGUGGGUGGAAUAAACUGGACAGGAGUACUACCAAGCGUUGAGGUCUAUAAUUGUGAUCAAGAUGUUUGGGAAAAGGACAAAGAUUUGCCUUAUCUUGUUCAUGAACAUGCAGGUUGUGUUUUAAACAAUCAGUUGUACAUAUCUGGCGGGCAUGAUGGGACAGAUUUGUUAAAUAAUGUUGUCAGCUACGAUCCACUUGUGAAAGAUUGGAAAAGAAGGGAGUCCUUGAUACAAAGGCGUUCCUGCCAUGCAAUGGCGUCUGUCAAUGGAUAUAUCUAUGCUGUUGGAGGGUGUACUAUGCAACAAGGCUUAAUACAAGACAUCAAAGAAUGUGAGAAAUAUGAUCCUGUAACUGAUCAGUGGACACGCUUGACCAAUGAAACUCAACAGACACCAAUGUCCUGUAUAUAUCCUAUUAUUCGACACAAUAAAAUCUAUUGUGUUGGUGGCUACAAAUUUACUAACAAUCAGUAUGUUGAUAUGGUUUCAGUUUUUGACCCAGCAGACCAAUCUUGGAAGCAUGUUCAACUUAUCUCUGAUCUCUUCACUCAUUAUCAUCAAUGCUGCUCAAUCAUCCUUGAUCCCAGUUUUUUUGUCAGUUGAGAACAUUACAUCUCACUACUCUGUUAUUCACCUUACAUGGAUCAAGCUUUGAUUAUUAUGAUCAUACCUGACUUAUCAAAUCUUGAGAG